AUGAUGUCUGCAUUGUUAAAAAAUGUUACGAAUUGCAUCUGGCACGCAUUUGACUCAUUGCAAAAUAAUGAAGUGGUGCAUAAAUCCAAGUUAAAGGUUUUAACAGCGAACCUCGGAACGUUACUAGAUCUCUACGGCGUGGAGAAAGGUCUCGAUCACUACAAGUCCUCCCAGGAACUAACCUUCGAUGAAUUUCGAUAUUACUUACAGCAUGAAGUGUUCAGUUCGCUACCCAAAGUACUUAACUUACCCGUCGCGAGGGAAUACGAGAAGAAAAUCAGUGAGGUUUGUUGGUUUGUUUGUAAGAAACAUCUCCUGACGAGAGACAAACCCGUCUUCAGCGAUGAUUCGGUCUUCAAGCUGUUCAGAAUCUUCUGUUUGCUCGCUGAUUUAGUUCAAGAUGCUGAUGAUACCAAUCAUUACAUGUAUCAUUCUUCUAAAUAUCAGGUGGUUCUUCAACCAUCAGAGGCUGGUAUCAUAGUGGAGCAGCUGGUCCAUUGUCUUGGUCUCCGUUGGGACGCAGCAGACUGGGAGGCUCUCGGCUCCUCGAUAGGUCACUUUAAAUGGGCAGCGUUCCUCGCUGUACUUGAAGCUAAGUACUGUUGUGAUCAGCUACAUUCAGCAGCACUGGUAGAAGCUGUUGAUGAAAUCUACGACGUUUUUAUUGAGGAUAUCAUUAAGAAGGGUUAUCUAUUCAAACGUGGUUAUCUUCUGCCAACUAUGAGAGAAUAUUGGUGUGUUCUACAGCCCUGUGCUCUUACAUACUAUAAGAGCUCAUCCCAGAAGGAGCAAUGUGGUAGAAUUGCUAUCGAUGAAUACUGUUCAGUUGAAGCUGCGGUCGGAGAAGGAAAGAUCCAACGCUUUCAGCUGAUCACACCAGAAAGGACAUUCGAGUUUGGGACUCAGGAUCACAAGAGUCGUCUUCAAUGGUUGUCUGCGGUGCGUCAAGCGGCAGCCGUGUCUGGAGGGGCGGAGGGCUACCAGCGGCGGGCUCGAGCAGGGAGGAGGGGGGCUGGCGCGAGGAGGGAGCAGGAGGCGAGGGAGGCUCGACGGAGACUACAACAGGAGGUGCGGGCCAGAGUCGCUGCGGAGGCUCAGGCACAGGAAUUGGCAGAACUAGCGCAGAAGGAUAACAAGAAAUUGGAAGAACUUAAGAACGCACAAACAGAACUCGAAAGACUUCUACAAGAAGAGACACAGGCUAAGAGGGAUGAAGAAAUUGUUAGAGCAUUACAGGCUAGAGUUUUAGCAGAGGAAUGGGAAAGAAGAGAAGAACUGGAAAGAUUACAAGAAGAACAAAAUAAGAUGCUAGAAGAAGAGCGACUGAAACGAAAGAAAUUCGAAAUGUUACAGGCGGAGAAGGAAGCACAGUAUAGAGAAGCUGAAAAACGUCUCCGCGAGCUGGAACAAGAGAAGCAACAGCUGGACAUGGAACUGAAGGCGGCUCAAGAGAAGAUCUCACAGACGGAGCACCACGCGCAGGCGCUGCACGUACAACUGAGGGAUUUAAACCCAGCGUUACGAAACGGCGAACGAGCAAGACGAGCGAUAUCAUUUGUACCGACAACUAAGAGUUCAUCAGACACACUACUAGACUUGAGAGCGUUGAGACAUAUAAAGGCUCAGAACGAUGAAAAUAAUCUGUGA